ACCCCAAAUGCACUGCCCAUGGUUUCAAGCCCUAAGCCUUCAACGACGGAGGAGCGGAAAACAUUCCGAGUUUCCUCCUUAGUUCUCCCUUUCUAGAAUCUUCCAAAUUCAAACCUCUUUUGCUUUCAAGCUUACUAAUAACUCACUCAGUAGCGAGAACGACUCAUGGAAUCCAAACCCGGUCAAAAUAUCAAGCUCCUCUGUAGUUACGGCGGCAAAAUUCGCCCACGCACCACCGACGGCGAACUCCGUUACGUCGGAGGCCACACCAGAGUUCUCACCGUCCACCGUUCGAUCUCCUUUUCAGAAUUGACAGUCAAACUCACUGAGUUUUGCGGUUCGUCUGUGAUCUUGAAGUGUCAAUUACCCAAGGGAGACUUGGAGACCCUGAUUUCCAUCACCAACGACGAAGAUCUCGCUAACAUAAUCGAAGAAUACGAUCGUGCCUCGUUGAAACUGGCGCAUCCAAUGAAGAUCAGAGCCGUUCUCUUGCCGCCGAGGUCGUUGAAGAAGGUUUCGUCUACUCCGACGUUGUCCUCGGCGUCGUCCAGCGCCAGUCACUCUCCGGCCAGAUCUCCUCAUACUUCCGCCGAAUCCCUGCCGUACGCGGCGUACCGCUACGGAUGCAAUUACCGGACUCCGCCGUUGCCGGCUGCGUACGCUAUCGGCGUGCGUAACGGCUCGGCGAAGGCCUGCUGCUACACGCAGUUCGAUGGAAACCAUAGAUUUUGGCGUCGUGGACCUCACUGCUACAAUUACUGCCACUGAGGCCAGCGGAUUUAUUCAUAUAGUAAAUACAGUUACAGAAGAAUCGCGAAUACGAAGCGGAUUCCAUACGUGAUAUCAUGAUGACGAAAAUAUCAAAACACCAAAAAAUCGAAAAAAAAAAUGAGAGGGUUGUGAAAUACAGUUAUUUUUUUUUUUUUUUAAUUUUGACAAACUUUAGAUAUCGAUGAAUUUGGUUCAAGUUUUUCCAAUUAAGCCUAAAUUCAUUUCGAAUAUAAUGCCUUCUCGGGACUCUGUUUUUCAUGGGUUAGGGUUCCGUUAACCACCGUCUGAUACGAGACCACGAUUCCUUUGAGGCGUUACACGUGUUGCUUUUGGCGGUUUCGCGUGUUAACUGUGGCCACACGCGUUCAAUUUUUAUACGACUUGAUUAUUUAAGUGGGUCGUUAAAGGACGGAGACAUUGUAGCGUGACUUGUGGGGAUUGUGGAAAAGGACAAAAGCUUGAACCUUCUUGAAAUUGGGGUUUCAGGCUAUUACGAAAAUUAU